CCAUGGCAUCUGCAAGCAGCUCUGCACAGGCCGCCUUCGGGCUGGGCCGGAGAAAGAAGAACCCCGGCCUCCUGGAUCAGAUUGGAAAGUUCUUUGGCGGGGACAAGAAGAGGAAGAGCAAGGGCUCUUUCCGAGGUGCUCUCUCUCCAGCCCCUCAGAAAGCCUCUGCCACUUCCCCACGCAAGCGCGGAGCAGAGAACGCCGUGGUCCAUUUCUUCCGCACGAUCGUGUCCCCUGCCCCUCCCAAGUCUAGGUGGCCGGCUGAAGUGAGGCUGCCUUCUGCUUCAUUUGGCAACAUUAUCAGCGUCCUCAUGCAUGUAUGUGAAGCAGCACAGGAGGUGGUUGUGGCUAAAAGGGGGGGAAAAGAGAUUCUGCUAAGGAACUGUAUAAAAAUUACUGUAAAGGAGGAGAUCAGUAAAAUGGGAGGGGAUUAUAGGUGGGUGUGAAGGUUGGCAGGACGUUUAUUUAUUGGAUUGAAUUUAGAUUUUAUUUCGACUUUUCCUUGACAAAUAAAAUAAUGAUAUAAAAAAGACAACUUUUACUUUAGUAUUUUUAUUAUUGAGCAUUCAUAGUGGAUAAUAAAUUAUAGUUUCAUCUGAAAUCAAACAAUUUUUAACAAUUUCAAAUUGUUCAAAAAUUCCAGAUAUUUUAGUAGCAUGAGAUAUGGGUAUUUGCUGAGAUAUUUAGAUAUAUACCAAAUGCUUUCUAAAUAAAAUGUAUUCAGAAAUUGCCCAUGGACUCACUUUCAGCAUGUUUUAUUUGCAUAGGAAAAUCAAGGUCAUGUUUGACAACAAUAUGUCAGAAAGUGUUAGAGACACAAGUCUAAAAUUUUUGGUUAUUUCUCAACUUGCCCUUCAUUCAUACAGUGUUGGACAAGUAGACCAAAUUGUCUUUGGUGUAGAGGUAGAAUGCUAAAAUUAGCUAUCACAUUAGCAUUAGCAUUAGCAUCACUUACACUUAGCUACAGAUGACGUGGUCACAGCUGUAUUCUUAAGUUAUACACUGCUGUCUGUUUCCUUUUGGACACUGUUUUGUAGAUGUUUGGUUAAGGUAGCAAAACUGUAUUAGAGAUCUGGCAGACAUCUGUCUUUGACAUUUGAAGCAGGAUGCUUAAAUACCAACCCCAGUAAUGACACAACAAAUAAAUUAGACAAUGCACAAGCAAUGUAGGUAUAUUCUUUUUUCUUUUUCCUGCUUUGUAAUAAUAAUGUAAGACGUUGUGAUAAUGUUAAGAUCCUUGUUUUUGUUUUUGUUUUUUAAAUAAAAUGACUCCUGCCACCAUUCCAAUAAUAUUCAUACAGUUCCUAAGUGAUUUUUUUACAUGACUUUUUGCAUUUCUCUGUUUUUUCACUUGAAAAUAUUAAAUCCUCUGACUAUUUUAGCUUUUUCAUCCAAGUGGCAAGAGGCAACAUUUUAAAAUGUUUCCCAGUUCAAGGCCAAAUCUCAGUGUUGUUAAGUGCCAACAUUUGGUUAUGAUAAUAUGCAGGUACCGUAGGAUUAAUUCAUGCAUGUAUUCAGAAAGUUAAAUGUUAUGCUAGAAAUUUUCCUAAAUGAAAGAAUUACCUUUAGUGGUUCCAAAUCUUUUCAUUUUUGCUGCUCUGUAUCUUUUCUACCUCAUGCAUUAUUCAAAAACUUGGAUGAAAACAUUACUUAAGUGGUACACAAGUAUAAUAAAGUGAGUCUGAAUAGGACUGCACGCUAUAAGAUGUAUAUCUGAAGAGUUCAUUUGCAAAAACAGGUAACCCUGUAUUGUGCUGCACAGUGACGUAGUGGUUAGCACUUUCGCCUUGCAGCAAGAAGAUCCCCGGUUCAAAUCCCAGCUUGGGCCUGGGAUCUUUCUGCAUGGAGUUUGCAUGUUCUCCCUGUGCAUGCGUGGGUUUUCUCCGGGUACUCCGGCUUCCUCCCACAGUCCAAAAAUAUGCUGAGGUUAAUUGAUCACUCUAAAUUGC